CUAAGUUUUGGCUUAUUUCUUAGCAUUUUUUACAUUUUUGUGCUAAUGUUGGGUAUUGUUGGGCUAACUAGCUAUAGGUUGGUUAACUUGGUUUCUUUUAUUUGUUUUAGACUUUAGGCUAACUCUUAGUGAUCUAGUCAAACGUUCACGCGUCUUUUGGCUAGCCUUUAGUUGUCCUGAUCGUAGGCUAAUAUUGCUUCAUCAGCUCAGAAGUGCAGCCCUGCUCUGGACGAACGCUUCAUAUAAUCUCCUCACAUUAGAGUGUGACCGUCGGUGACAUCAUCACCCAAAGCCGCCUUCAGACGACUGGGUCGGUCACCAGAACUGUUUCCAGUUGCUGCUCUGACGGUUGUUAAUGGACCGAGACCUGAGCCUUUGGAUCAAUAAGUAGAGAUUUCAAGAGCGAAAGACCCCAAAUUAUCUCCUCGUCCUCCGCCUUCUCACCCCCCAGACCUCUUUUCAGCUGUGGAUCAGGUGGUGGUUGGAGCAUGAAGAGAGUUGUUGGUUUGAUUCCCCAGUCUGUUGGUCCACAUGUCGUCUCAUAUAGAUGAGGGUCCGCGAAAAAACCUGCCCAAGAAGUGAGCGGAGCCCGGAGGGACUGCACGGAGGAGAGGCUUCAGCCAGAACCAGAGGAGGAGAGAGGAGAGAGGGGGAGAGAGAAGAGGGAGUGAGUGAAGUGAGAGAGAGAGAGAGAGUGAAAGGGAGAGAGGAAGAGAGCGGGGCUGAGAUCUCACUCUUCCCAGUCGAGGUCUUCAGCAGAUCGCGUCCAGCAUCUCGCCACUGAAGGACAAUGUCCAGUAAAGCGACUCUAAUCUUUUUUAUCUAUGGAAUAAUAACGCACUACAGCGUCCACUGCUCACCUGUGGGGCUCGGCUUCCCCAGUGUAAGAUACGACAGUGAGGUGUAUGAUGAAGGCGGGAACUCCCUACAGUCCCUGGAUUAUGACACAGAGCAGGUGGACGUGAGGGACGCUCCGUCCGAGGAGGUCUACACCCUGUACUACCCUCAGGAGAAAAGAAUGGAAAGACACGCGGACGGCAUGUUUAAUAAAGCCUACAGGAAGGCGCUGGGUCAGUUAUCAGCCAGGAAAUAUCUGCAUUCUCUGAUGGCAAAGCGUGUAGGCGGGGGGAAGACGGAGGAGGACAGCUCGGAGCCCCUGUCCAAGCGACACUCUGACGGCAUCUUCACGGACAGCUACAGUCGCUACAGGAAGCAAAUGGCCGUCAAGAAGUACCUGGCCGCCGUCCUGGGGAAAAGCCCUGAAGACGUAGAUUUCCCACAAUUCCUACAAGACAUAGACUUUGACGCCCUCCCGGACGGGGAUGAGCUUGAGGCUUUUUUGGGAGACUGGCUGAAACAGUUCUCUCCAGAGUUUCCGGUGAGUUCUAGGCUGGUCUCUGCAGACCACGUCCUCACAGAGGGACGGCUCUAAUGUCCACUUCCUCUUCCUCUUUUCCUUUGAGCCGUGCUCCGAGCACUUAAAUCCAACUCUUCUUCCACCUCAUUUGUGCUUCUGUUUCCUCAAACGUCUCACAGAUUGAACCUUUAUUCCCAUACUGAGUAUACCUAUCAUGGGUUUCCAACCUCUGGCUCGAGGGCCCAUGACUUGUCUCAUCAAAAUUUCUUUUGGGGCCUCUAGAUAAUAAUAAUAGCACAGUGUAUUGGAUCACAUUUUGGCUGCAUUUGAGUCUAAAUUACAAAGAAUUAAGAAUUCUUAUAAUUUAUAACAUACUUUAAAAAACAUUUUUUGCUAUUUAUUUGUAACAUUUGCUAACAGCUAACAGCUAUCAAUAUUUUUGACCCUAUUAUAGGGUCCAAUUACCAAGCCAUUGUGUAGAGAGUCUGAUAAUACACUGAUUUGUUAGCAUCCUGCUAAUGGAGGAUUCAAAUUAAAGCUGUUAGAGUGGCUUUUUAAAACCACAAAAACAUUCAUGUGACUAAAAGGCUGAAAACAUUUAUAUUUUUAUUUUUCAAACUUGAUUUUCUGAGCUGAGGACCAGAGAACUUUUGAGCUUUUUCUCUUCAUUUCCUCUCGGGGAGACUCUCACCUCUGACCUGUGUAAAGUGCCAAUCCUGUGUUUCUUUUCCACGUGUUCUUGUUUGACUGACAAGCUCAGCUGAUGGUUUCCUCAUGUCUCUUCCAUUUAAUAAGUAUCAUUAACACCAAACCAACGUCCAUGAGUCAGGACGUUAAACAAUUCCAGACAAAGUUAAAACUCUUUUUUUUUUUUCAGUGAUACUUGUUAGAUGGACGUGUCCUUGUCAAGAGACAUUUGUGAUAAUUUGGACUUUUGUGUUUGAACUUAUUGGGGUGACUGUGCUUCCCUUUUUCUGUCAUGUGAAACAAAUGUACAAACUCCAGUAGAAUGCAUGAUUAAAGUAACUGCACUCACCACUGCAUCUGUGCGGACGACUCUAACCCGAUGGUUUUCCUUGCUUUCUUACUUUCCUGCUGCAAACAUACGUAAAUAUAUCCAUAUAUAUUCUACACACCUGUCACCUGUCGGUGUGUCUUUGUGUUCUGUUUUUUUCCUCUUUUCCUCCACACGUGUUUGUGUUGGACUCUGAAGAAACUGCUUUGAAUGUAUUUGUCACUAAAGCACCUGGAGCGUUUGUGUUCAUCGGUUCAUCACAGCAUCUUCUUCACUCGUACUUGACGUAUGAAAAAAAAAUAUCCUCAAACAUAAUCUGGAUUUUUUGGAAUGGUUUAUUCAUGUUUAUAUAAUAUAUAAUAUUGAUUUAAAUUUAGCUUUAUUUACCUACAUGUGUAACAAACGUUUGUGCCCCAACUGCUCUGUCCAUUUCUUAUACACAGUCAAUAAAAAACAUGUAGUUAAAGUAAAAUCAUGAGAAAGAAAUCUCAUUAAGAAUAGUCCUUAAAAAAAAGAUUUUUUUUUUGUAAAAAAGCUAGUUUUUCUUUAAGUUUCUUGUGUUUUUUUUGUGUCAAUCUUUCUUUAAUUGUGCAUUCUUCUCCAGGCUGUGUGACGCAGGGAGCAGUUUACGGCUGUGGUGCCUUGCAUCGACUUUAAAAAUCGCCAUGAAUCACAGAUGGCUAUUUAGUGGCCCUACAAUGCUGCACAUCAUCAGCUUACAUUUCACCCUUCUGUUGUUGUAUUUGUGUUGCCCAGACAGUCGCUGGGAUCGUCCUCCAUGUCUAGUCUCGGAGAGCGGAGCGUUCUUCACUUCCGCUGGUUUCUUUUGCACUUUGUCUUGAGAGCAAUGGAUUUUGUGAAAGCAAAGAGAAAAGACCAGUGAGCUCUCUCCGUGGAAACGUUACACUGUAUGUUAAUGAAAGCGCCAAUAGCCUUACAAUCAUCUCUAAAGAUCCAUAUAUAUAGAGAGAGAGACAGAGAUAUAUAUAUAAAGAUAUACAUAUAUUUAGUGUGUAGUUAGUGAAUAGUAGAUUAUUACUUCAAAUCUGCAAGGCAGUCAAUAAAUGUUUAAAAAAAAAUGUUGUAAGAUUUGUAUGAAUAAAUUUUUGUAAACAACAAAUAAUUUUGUCAAGUCUUUGAAGCCGGAGAACACACAUCGAGGAACAGGGAAUGUG